AUGUCUGAAUACCUAGUUGCAAAAGUUUCUGAUAUUGGCGAGGGAAAAAUGAAAGAAGUGGUUCUUGGAGACUCUGGUAAUAAAGUUCUUUUAUCAAAAAUAAAUGGUCAGAUAAAUGCCACGUCACAUAAGUGUACGCAUUAUGGGGCACCGCUUGUGAAAGGCGUCUUAUCGAGUGAUGGGCGUAUAGUUUGCCCAUGGCAUGGUGCUUGUUUUAACGCUAGUACUGGUGAUAUUGAGGACGCUCCAGCAUUAUAUAAUUUGUUCAAAUUCAAGGUAAUAACCAAAGAAGAGAAUAUUUAUGUGGAGGCCGAAGAACAAGCAUUAAAAUCUGGGAAACGCGCGCCAAUUUGCAAAAAAGCUAUUUCAGCGACCAACACAGAUACUGUGUUAAUUGUCGGUGGUGGUGCUUCAGGUAAUGCAGCUGCGGAAAAGCUACGUGAGGACGGAUUUACGGGACGAGUGUUAAUUUAUAGUCGGGAAUCGUAUUUACCUAUUGACAGACCCAAACUUAGUAAAAGCCUUGAACUUACCGCCGAGAAAGUGGCUAUUCGAAAUGAUUCAUUUUAUAAUGAUCUUGGGAUUUCUUUUCAUUUGGGAAUAACAGCCACUGCCGUUGACACCAAAUCAAAAAUUGUCAUUUUUGAUAAUGGCGAGAAAGUAAAAUUUGAUCAUUUGAUCAUUGCUACUGGUGCAAAUCCGCGAUCAAUUCCAAUUCCAGGGAUCGACUUAAAUAACGUCUUCUACCUUCGCACUGUGCAAGACAACGCGAAAAUUAAACAAGCUAUUGGAACAAGUGAAAACGAGAAAAAAAAUCUCGUGAUUAUAGGAUCAUCGUUUAUUGGAAUGGAAGUAGCUUCGGUAGUAGCCAAGAAAGCUAAUGUCUCUGUUAUUGGAAUGGAAAAAGUUCCUUUUGAAAGAAUUCUUGGUGAAAAACUCGGGGCUGUUGUAAAGAAACUGCAUGAGAAUAAUGGGAUUAAAUUUUAUUUAAAUGCUGAUGUAAAUAAUAUUGAAUCGUCAACUGUGGACUCAAACACAGUUGGCGCUGUUGUAUUAUCAGAUGGAACAAAGAUUUCGGCUGAUCUUGUAGUAGUUGGAGCGGGUGUUGCUCCUUCCACGGAUUUUUUGAAAAGUUCACCGGAAUUUCCGCUUGAACGAGAUGGCAGUUUACGCGUAAACGAGUAUUUUAAAGUGGAAGGACUUGACAAUAUUUACGCGAUUGGUGAUAUCGCAAGCUAUCCAUAUCAUCUCACUGGGGAAACAUUACGAAUUGAACAUUGGUCAUACGCCAAAAACACCGGGCGUGCUGUCGCAUCAGUAAUCGCAAAAAACGAACUAGCACCAUUCCAAAAAAUCCCCUUCUUUUGGAGCACUCAAUACGGUAAAGGAUUACGAUACGCAGGAUACGCGACUAGCUUUGACGAUGUGAUUAUUCAUGGGAAUUUGGAUGAAUUCUCUUUUGCGGCUUAUUAUGCUCGAGGAGAAAAAAUUAUCGCUGUAGCAACAAUGGCCAAAGAUCCUAUCGCAGCACAUAGCGCUGAGUUACUAAGAUUGGGUAAAUUCCCGACUACAUCGGAAAUUCGGGAUGGCAAGAAUCCUCUUGAUGUGCCACUGAGCAAUUAA